AUGGUCUCCUCUCUACACCCACAGGUUGGUGACAGAAUCAGUAGCUGGGGCUACUCCUUCUCCUGGACAAAAGACCAUCUCUCCAGGGAAGAGUUAGAGCCAUUGCGCCAGCAGUAUGAUAGCUCUGCGGCUAACGCGCUGGAGAGGCUACAAGCAAUUCGGGCUACCCUGAUGGAAGAAAGCAAAACAAAGGGGACAAGCGCACCACCUAAUGAUCUUUACGUCCUCUUACGGGACCACCGGGGGGAUGACGGUGUCCUGGCUAAGUUCUGGACCGAAGUGAACACUGUUCCUGAAUGGGUGGAUUGGGAGCAGCUACAACGCGGCCAGCAAUUCUUCUAUCGCUAUGCCAUUGCCAAUAUUGUGGGGUUCGCUUUGCAAGGGUUUGUGGCGGAAAACUCGGCGGCACCUGGGGUCGUCGAGGUCCUUGUCCGAACGGGGGGCUUCUCCACCCGUAUGCUUUUGGGCAGGUUGCUCGAAACCUUCCAGUGGCUGAUCCAAGUCACCCAUUGUAUCGAAUCAAUUCGCCCCGGCGGCGAAGGGCACAUUGCCAGCGUCCGGGUCAGACUGCUCCAUGCCUCCGUCCGCCAACGCAUCGUUCAGCUCUGUCGAACCAGGCCGGACUACUUUGAUCUGGCACGCUUUGGAGUACCGGUGAAUACCCUGGACUCGAUCCACUCCAUCAGCACCUUUUGUUGCAAUCCUAUGUGGCUUCAACUACCCAAGUUUGGCAUCCAGCCUACUCCGGAUGAGGUCAAGGACUAUAUUGCGCUCUUCCGGUACCUGGGCUUUCUCCUUGGAACGCCCACAUCGUAUUUUGAAACGGUGGAGCGGAGUAAAUGCACUAUGGAAAGCCUUCUGGCGCACGAGCUCCGUACCACUGAUACGUCGCGAACGGUGGCGUUUAACUUUGUGGAAUGCGUGACGAACUUGCCAGGGCCAUUCAAGGUCUCCAAGGGAUUCAUCGAAGCGGGCAGUCGGUGGAUCAAUGGCGACGAGCUGUGUGAUGAACUGGAACUUGGCAAACCAGGACUCCUGUUCUAUCUGGCGUUUUGUGGGUAUUGUGCACUAGUGGUAGCUAUGGCGUGGGUCCAGCGGCUAUUUCUCAGUCUGGAUGAACUACUGAUUGCUGGGUUCCGAAGUUUGCUGUAUGGUGGAGUGGUCCAGCGAAAGUCGCGCACUCGUUUCGAGUUCAGAUAUGUGCCCCGACUCGGGAAGCAGACAGGGAAAGAAGCAUACAGGGGUGGUGAUGCGGCUACGACAAAGGCUUCCUGGGUUGCUCACCCGGUGUGGACGAUACCCACAAAAUGCCUGGGAGUGGGCCUCUUUGAGAUGGUGCUUCUCGUGAUACUUGGUGUUUCUGGAGUGGUGAUAGUGGGAGGUGCGCUCGGAGUCAUGCAGGGUAUGCAUAGGUAUUACAAGACGCAUGCAUAA